AUGUCGACAGAGGCAUUUCCGACCAUGUCUCCAAAGUUCGAGCACGACGCAUCUCUAAAAGGAGAGAACACUGGGCUCGUCGCAGAAGGGACAGCAGGCGCGUCGCAAGUCGUUGCGGAAGCGACAGAUCCAAUGGACAGGAUCGCACAGCUUGAAGCGGUGCUGAAAGAGAAAGAGGCCAUCAUCGAGGCUCUAUCGCUAGCAUCUCCACCCAGGCUCUCAGGGGCUCUCGACGCGUCGGACCCGCUUGCUGAGGUGCAACCCGAGUCGGCCUAUGGCUCCCGCGCCAAGCGAGAAUCUCUGCCCUCGCCUACAGCGAAGACCGGAAGGUCAUCGCUGAAGGCCAAUGGCCUCCAUGGAAAUGGCACAGGCGGCGCUUCUGAACCAUCUGCACCACAUGCAAACGGACGACGGCGCAGCUCAAGCUUGGAUCCCCUCUCCUCUCCAAAUCUACGACAACAGUCGCCAAAGAAUAUAGAGCAGUUCUCUUCGAUAUCGCUUGCCGGGGCCAGUCGUGACGUAGCAGCAGAGGGUACUCGCGAGCGGCGAUCUUCGAACUCCUCCAUGCGAUCCACUCGCACGGGUGUAUCUAUUAAGGUCGACUCAUCCUCAAGACGAAGCAGUCUCUCUUCAGCCACACUGAAGAACGGAAAUAUCGACGGCUCCCUCGCUCCGUCAGACUACGCGAGCGACAAUGGUAGCGUGCUUGGGCUUCAUCCCAAUGGUGAUGGAAGUCGGAAGAGCCCGGCCGCGGGCAACUGGGCCACAAAAUUCCGGCGGGCACCCAGCCCUGCGCCGAGCAACGUUAGUGAAGCCGACUCUGUCUCUUCCUCACGAGGUGGCGGCGGAGGUUCCGCUUUUACAAACGGGCUGGGUGCGUGGCGGAGAGCAUCUCUACAAGCAGUUGGCCGACGGCGGAAGUCCGGCAUCAUCAACCUCGACCACAGUCUGGUGUCUCCCACUACGCCCGGCAGUGCUACCUCCGAAAGCGGACCAGGAGGAUUGGGGCCACUCCGAGAAGCUGGAGCGAGAAGCACGCAGCUGGCGGUGGAAGGGUUCUCCGCGCCGACGAUCGCGUCGGAAAAUAGACGUCUAGCAGUUCUCGCGCAGCAAGCCCAGGCCAUCACGUCUGGCACCACAGCGGCGAAUGUGCCGAAUGGGAGCAACCCUGGCGCCGGCGGAUCAGGCAAAGUGAUUAGCGCUUUGACAGCGGAGCUGCAAUCCACGAAGAACCUCCUCGACAAUGCCAGGUCGGCGUUGCGAGCAUCUCAGCGCUCCACAUCAGCUGCGCAACGAGGCCUGGAGGACACAAAAGAGGCGCUCGGUAGGUCAAGACAAGAGAACGAGAACAUGAGCCGAAUGCUGGAGCGGAAAGAUCGACAGCUCGCAGAGGCACUCGAGCGCGCACGAAAAGCUGAGAGUGAGUCCAAGGACCUCGGGCGGCAGUCGCGCGAGUGGGGCACGCGCGUGCGCGAGGUUGAGUCCGAGCUCGGCGAAGUACGCCGCGAGAAGGCGAAGGACGAAGCUCAAUAUGAAGCGAUCCGCUCCGCAUGGGACUCUACACGCGAAAUGUGGAGGAAGGAGUUGCAAGAGUUGCGCGAGCAAGUGGCCAAGCGCGACGAGGAGCGACAGCAGCACGUUGACCAGAUGAAAAGCAAGCUCGACCAGAUGGACGCGUUGUAUCAGUUGCGAGUCAACGAUACUUCUGAUAUCGAAGGCGCUGUUUCCCAGCUCAAGCUGGAGACGGACAAAGCCGCUGCCCUCGUACGCCAGCAGGUCGAACCGCUGGCGAAGCAGGCCGACUUUAUCGAGCAGGAAGAGAGAAGGAUGGGAGAGACUGUCGAUAUGGUUCAUCGGGAGCUCAAGCGCAUCCUGCGCCUCGCAAGGGCGGGUGACACAAGCGGAGGUUAA